UACAUUCGGACGUGUGCGUGUGAAUGUAAAUCAACGAGCACCGGAGGAGAGGAGAGAAGGGGGAAGCAGACAGGCGCUCGUUGGACACGCCUGGUUUUAGGGGUCCUGAAGAGACUUCGUCGCCGAGCAGCGGUGUUGAACGUGACAACAUGGCGGCGUCCGCAAGAACACAGGUGAUGUCUCUGUACAGGAUGAUGCUGAGAGAGAGCAGCAAGUUCCCCUCGUACAACUACAGGACCUAUGCACUGCGGCGGGUGCGUGAUGCCUUCAGGGCCAACAGGAAAAUAGAGGAUCCAAGAACUGUGGAGAGGCUGAUGGAGGAGGGACAGCGGACAUUGGCACUGAUACAGAGACAGGUCUCUGUAGGAAUGAUGUACGAGGCCCAGAAGAUCGUGGUGGAGUAACAGAAGGAGGAGGAGGAGGAAGAAGAGGAGGAGGAAGAGGAGGAGGAAGAAGACUGUCCCAGCAAACAACAGGAUGUAACCACGGAGACGAAUCGCUGCCCUGAGGUCUCGACCAGCUUCCUCCCCGUGUCACGUGACCCGUCACUCUGAGCAGGUGGAGCAGUGAAAUGCAUUGUGGGAAGUGUAGGUGUUUGUCCGAGCUGCACCGAUCACAGUCUUUUAGUUUCCCAACGUCCGUUUGUGACCAACCGAUCAGAUAAUUAUUGAUCCAGUGUGGCAACAAGAGUCCAAUAAACAAAGAUGUCGUUUCAUCUCUAUCUCGAUCAGAAGUAGAUUAAAGGAAGAGUUUGUAUAAUUUAACACCAUUUAGUUUUUCUGUUCUCGUCUUGUCCUCUGGUUCCUGCAGGGGGCGCUCUGUCUCCUGGAAAUCACUACUCAAAACUAUUGUUAUUUUAUAUUUUAACGCACAAUUAGUUGCUGUUACAGAUUAUUUUAUUGUUCUGUAAAGUUGAGAAGCGAAAUGAUAAAAUAAAUUAAUCUACGAAGCAAA